AUGGGUGGUGUUGUUGUUCUCCAUCCUCAAGAUUGUCUAAACGAUAAUAUAUUUUCUACGCCGGUGAAAUCCCGCCGAGCACCGAAACCUAGCCCUAAUUUUUCGAAUUCUAGCCCUAAUAUCACCAGAUCUGAAGGAAGGAAACGGAGUCCACCAACUGGCGUACGAAGAAACAAAACGGCAACGGCGUUGGUUGCUGAUCCGCCACAGACGGCGGUCGCUAAGAAUCUGGUUAUGGGACAGGUGAAAAUUUUGAAACGAGGUGAACCUUUGGAUGAAUCAUCGACGGUUUUGAAGGAGAUGGAUGAUCGCAAGGUUUCAAACGGUACGGCGACGACGACACCGACAAAAGAAGUCGUCGUUGAUCGGAAGGCUUCCAAAGAUCCCAUCGCGUCCCGAAGAGUUCUACCAACGAAGAAGAAAUCCGAGAAGGAGAAAAGAAGUUUCUCGAUUCCAAACCCUAGAACCGACAUGAAAAUUGACGAUUUUGCCCUUUCGUCAACAAAUCGCUUAGGACCCGACCCGGAAAUGGUACCAAAGCAGAUGAAGAAAAACAUCGCUGAGUUUUUCUUCGCAGGUUCUGCUUUCGUUGAUUCACCACCACCAAGUUCCCUCCCUUUGCCUGGCUUCUUUACUAAGAAUUUUGUCACCGCAGCCGUGAAGGAAGAUCCCAGCACCGAUCUCCGGCGGAUUCUCGGUUUAAACCUUUCAUAA